AUGCAGCUCGAGCAGCUAGAACCAAGUGAAACGGCACGAAGCCGAAACGAUCAAUUCGACAAGAAACAGCAUCUCAACGUAUACACUGCAGCCGUCGUGUUCUUCAUUACCCUCAGCUCCGCUGCUUAUGGCUAUGCAGGCUCUGUAAUUGCAACUACCCUAACACAGCCGUCCUUCACGAGACACAUGAAGCUGGAGACAGCCUCGAACGCCGAGUCCAUUACAGGCGCCAUGAAUGCACUCUUCUACACAGGCGGUGUAUUUGGCAGCUUUUGUGCAGGCUGGAGCAACAAAAGAUUUGGUCGCAAGUGCUCAGUGGGUUUGGGGAAUGUUUUACUUGUCAUCUCGGGGGCGUUGAUGACGGCCUCUGUCAACCCAGCCAUGUUCAUUGUCUUCCGCUUCGUCAGCGGCUUCGGCUCCAUGGUGAUUCUCUCCAGUGUCCCCAUCUGGGUCGCUGAGUUGGUCCCGCCCCGGCUGAGAGGUGUCCUGACUGACCUGCAUGCUGUGAUGAUGAUGGUUGGUUACACCCUUGCCUGCUACGUUGGCCUUGGGUUUUACUUCGUCAAAGGAAGCAACCAGUGGCGCGGCCCCAUCGCACUUCAGAUGGCGCUCCCAGUCAUCAUCCUGUCCGGGUUAUACUGGAUGCCAGAGUCGCCGCGGUUCUUGUUGUCCAGGGGUCGCAUUGAGGAAGCCCGCUGCAUCAUCCACCGUAUGCAUUCCAGCCCAGAUGAUCCAGAGCAUGAGUUUGCUCGCCGAGAGUUCUUCCAGAUGAAGAAGCAGAUUCAACUUGACGCUGAAUUCGCCACCUCUUAUCACAGCAUGUUCAAAAAGCACUCCAUGCGGAAGCGCUUGGCAAUGACUGUCUUUCUUGAAUUUGCUCUCAUGAGCUCAGGUGUUUUAGUUAUUCUAAAUUACGGCUCUAUAAUCUGGAAGUCUCUUGGUUUCGACACGGUGCAGAUCCUGCAUUUCCAAUGUGGCUUUCAGUUGGCCGGCUUUGUCUUCAAUGUCGUCGCCAUGUUUUUCGUUGACCGUGUGCGUCGCCCCUGGCUUAUUGCCGGUGGUCUUUUGAGCUGCGGUGCCCUAGUCGGCAUCCUAACUGCCCUGCAGAGCUUCUACCUUGGCAGCGAGAACCGCGGGGGGCUAGGCGCCUGUGUGGCCAUCAUCUUCCUCUUCCAGGCCGCCUUCUCACUUGCCCUGGAUGGCCCGACAUAUUUCUAUAUCGCUGAGAUCUGGCCCACCCAUGUUCGGUCCCAGGGCUUCUCUAUUGCCAUGGCUGUUCUUUCGGCUACAAACCUGAUGUGGCUGCAAGCGUCGCCUUAUGCCAUAAGUACGAUUUCGUGGCGCUGGUAUCUGGUCUUCACAUGCAUCCCGAGUGCUGCGGCGGUGGUCGUCAUUGUUUGGUUCAAAGACACGCGGAACAAACCGCUGGAGGAGAUUGCGGCCAUGUUUGGUGACCGGAAUAUGGUUGCGGUGUAUCAGCGAGAGCUGGACAUUGGCAUUCUGGAUGAUGCUGAUCAGACGGAGAAGUAUGACAAAAGCCAGUCAGGUCCGUCAGUUGUGAUGGUGGAGGAAUAG